AUGCUGAAGGACUCUAUUAAGUGGCUUCCCAAGUCUCCCAAACUGCACAGUGGCCAUAACUGGAGUUCCCAGGGCUCUCGCUGGGCCUCACUGAAAGGGAGGGAAGGUUUUCCUGGUGGUUGCCUGUACAAAUUCAGCUCUGCCAAUGGGAAAUGGAGAGAAGGGAGAAUCAGUCCCGAGCAAGAAGCAGAGGAACUCGAGGAUCCUGAUGAUGAACCUAUCUCCAAGUUUUCCGGCAGCCUUUUUGAUAGCAACGAAAGCGUGCGAGAUCAAAGAAACAGCAGAGCAGCGCUCCAAGAAAAGCACAAGUUGGCCAUGAAGGGGAAGGCUCUUGCAGGGUCUAACAGCAGGGUGCAGCCAUCCGUGUCAGCAGCAGGCAGCUUCCCCAGCCAGGGCGGCCGUGCCACCGAGGAGCUGCGCGCGCUGGAUGUGCCACAAACCCCCCUCAAGGGGAUCCUGAUUGCACGGCUGCCAAAAGAUGCUCCACCAGACUUGGCUGGUGUACAAGCAGGAGACAGAGUGGCUGAGGCAACCUUUGUUUCAGAGCCUGCUGCCCUUCAUGCUGGUCCUGCUGAAGCUUCCCCCAAGGGCAGCCCCUCCCCGACAGUCAACCACGUCAUAACAAUACCUCGGAUAAUCCUCACACGCCCGUCCACUUCUGAUGAAGAUGCCGACCAGCUGCCCCCAGACCCGGAGGACUUUGAGCCUGAGGAGCCUGACAGCACAGAAGGCCAUGCCUAUUCAGACUGUCUGAGCAGUGCUUUCUAUCCUCCCUAAUAAAGUACUUUUCUGGCAGGAGCUCAUGGGUGGUUUCCUUUCCCAUUGUUUGAUGACAUUUAAUGUAGUACUUGAACCGCUAUGCCUUAUUUAUAGUGAAAACCGUGACAUGGAGGAUGGAUUUGUGAGGAGACCCUGCUUGUAUUUCUUUGCCUUGAACUUCCUUCAGCAAGAACUUGUGAACCUGGAAUGAAGUGCACUGGGUCAAGUUCUGUGAAUGUCACCACGUGUUUCAGUAGCCACUUGUAAAGGUACCCUGCAGCACCUAAAUGUAAUGAGAAAAUGCAGGUGAUUUUUAUUCAGAAGGUACUUUACUCAUUUGGAAACACACUGAAAGCAAUUGUAUAGUUGGGUGGGAUUUUUAAAAUCUUG